UUAGCAGCGCUAAACAGAACAUGCAGGACCAGCCACCACCAGCCACGCCGCCGCCACCGCCAGAGGUUUGUGGUUUAAACRCGACACGUCUGCAGCCAUCUGAUGUGAUCGUUCUCAUGUCUGUCGUUUCUGAUCCACGGCGAUAAGCAGCGUCUUCCUCGUCAGACAUGGAAGCUGGAUCUGGAUGAAGUGCGUUAUGAUCUUUCUCGUGCUUUCUCUGGUCGUCCUAAUGGCCGAACCUGGAGAGGGAUUCCUGCACUCUCUUUGGAGAGCGGGCAAGUCCAUGUUUAAAGGAGCCAGACAAGGAUUCAGAGACUACAGACAACAGCGGAGACUGGAGAAAAUAGAAAGAUAUAGACAGAAAUAUGAGAACGAGCCAGAUGAACACGAACGCCAUCGCUACGCCUGAAGAUUCGCCAGAAUACGACAUUUGGGUCGCAAGACGGAGCAUUUAGCUUUUYCGCUUUCACUUUUAUAAAGAAAAAUAAGGAGCGACUAGACAAAAAUGUCACAAACCUGUUAGAUUUUCUGCUAAGCAAAACCAGCUGAUGCUGCCAACUUUCUCUGAUUAAACCUUUGAUUCAGAUAAUCUACUGUAUGGUCGUUCAUAUUUAUAUACAUUUACAAACAUCAGUUAUGAUGCAUAAGUUAUGUGCAAACACAGAUCUUAUAGAUUUCAGUGUUGAAUCACACACAUUUACAAAAUUAAUGCCUCAAACAUCACAAUGGCAAAUAAAUACUUUCUUUGGUAUAAACAUGAGUGGGGCAGUUGGUACAGCUGUUGCCCUGCAGCAAGAAGGUUCUGGGUUUGAUUCCCGGCCCCGGU